UGAAAAUGUCAUUUCUGGCAUAAAAUAGCAGCAAAUAGUAUCCAGACGAUUUUAAGAGAAGGCGACGGAAGACACCUACAACACUUUGAGAGGAGAGCAUUUCCAGGCUGUGUAUUUUCUUAAAAGAUAUUAAUAAGUAUAGAAUUUUUUUUCAACCGUACAGGUGUAAAUAACAAUGAAUGCCGAGUCUAAAAAACAACUUACAUUAUUGGUUGUUGUCAUUAUGCUGUUGCACUUCUCUGAGACCCGUCCCUACGUAAGAGCCAGAAGAAGUGGGUUUUCAGACCAAUGGCUUGGUAAUUUAGAAACUCAGCUAGGACUAAAGGAAAUGCAAAAUCAAGCCAACUAUCCUUUCGACCCAUACAAAAUCGGAAAAAGAGCCAUCCCUCAGUUCCAGCCAAUAGCAGAACCGGUUUACAAUAAUGAUGCUGACCUUGUUUAUGCUUGGCUAACCUUGAAAGGUAGCAAUUAUGCGGUAGAACCGACUAAUAAAUUGACCAUCCCGUAUUAGUUAAGGUCGCCAUUUUAAAAGAAUAGAGGCAGUCUGAAGAAUUUCAGAAACCUGGUCUUAAUUCCUUCCUCUUUUUUGUUCCUUCCUAUUUUUAUUAUUUAAAAUGUACGAGUCACCAAUGAAAAUAAACUGAGUGUAUAUGGUU